AACAUUCCUACGAAACCUUUAGCUACACCCCCCAUACAUGAGUAGACUAGUCCAAAUCCAACAUGGCGCUGCCCAUGAAAAGUUUUUCUCGUGUCUGCGGUCUUCUGAAAUUUCUUUCUUCCUCACGACUUCCCAGACAAGUCAUAUGCUGCAAUAAUUCCACAGUGUCUAGUGCAAAGGAUGACAGCCCCAGGACAAUAUUCUCAGGUAUCCAGCCCACCGGUAUCCCCCACAUUGGAAACUACCUGGGAGCCCUCCAACAGUGGGGACAGCUACAGGAGGAGGGGCACAGGGUUAUCUACAGUAUUGUGGACAUGCACUCUAUCACUGUGCCUCAGGACCCAGCCCAACUGAGAGAGAACAUUUUUGACAUGACGGCAUGUCUGCUGGCCUGUGGGAUAGACCCAGACAAGAGCAUCUUAUUUCAACAGUCAAGUGUAUCCCAGCAUGCCGAGCUAGCCUGGGUCCUGGGCUGUAAGGCGACCAUGGCGAGACUCAAACACCUGCCUCAGUGGAAGGCGAAGUCGGGUUCCAAAGAAGAAGGGGGAGUGGGCCUUUUCACCUACCCCAUCUUACAGGCAGCUGACAUUUUACUCUACAAAGCUUCCCAUGUUCCAAUAGGAGUGGACCAGGUACAGCACCUACAGUUGGCACAGGACCUGGCUACAACAUUCAACUACCACUACGGACAGUACUUCCCACUGCCAAAAGCCAUACUGGGUGAAACAAAGAAGGUACAGAGCCUGAGGAAACCCAACAGCAAGAUGAGCAAGUCUGAAGCCGACCCAAAAAGUCGCAUCGACCUUACGGACCCACCAGACGUCGUUCGCGAGAAGAUGAAGAAAGCCAUAACAGACUUCAACUCUUCCGUGACCUACGACCCCGAUACAAGACCUGGUGUCUCCAAUCUUGUCAGAAUACACUCCGCCUGCACUGGUCUGUCGUACGAUGAGAUCUGUCGACAGAACGAAGGGAUAGAGACGGCCAAGUACAAGUUCGUGGUGGCUGAUGCGGUUAUUGCCAAGAUGGACCCCAUAAGGACAGAGAUUUUGAGACUCCAGAAAGACAGAGGCUUCUUAGAGGGUGUUCUAAGAGAAGGUGCAAGAAAGGCAAGAGACAUUGCAGAGAAAACUUACAGUGAUGUAAAGAAACUUGUGGGUUUCAGUUGACCAAGCCUGUUUGAUAGCUAGUAGAUGUACCGUAUUAAGAUCUUUAUUAUGAGAUUAAACAUUUAAAGUUACAGCAGUUGUUUUUUUUCCUUAAACAGGAGUAUAGGAAGCCAUUUAUUUAAACCAGGACCUAACAUUGGGGGUACUAUUCACUGCUAAGCUUAUGAUCCACUGCUCACUUAGUCACAUGUUCUAUCUACAUAGAAUAAACAUAGGAAGCCAUUUAUUUAAAUCAGGAACCAAAAUUGGCGGUGCUAUUGACUGCUUAACUUAUGAUCCACUGCUCACCUAGCCACAUGUUCUAUCUACAUAGAAUGAACAUAACAGAAGCAUUGGAUUGUUCAUUCAGUGACAACAACUGGACCUAUAGGCAGCCAGAAUUUCGUAUUUUGAAAAUGACAGUUGAACUUUACUUCAGAAACUAUUAAAGUUUUUUUGCUUAACUCU